GCAACAGUUACAGUCUCCGCGUGGACAAGAAAAACCAUGAGGCGUUUGAGCAAGUAUUUAUUUGCCUUCUUCGCUUGUGUCAUCCUGUUCCUGUAUUCUAUGUACAUCGUCAAGCCCAGCUCUUUAAAAUCUACUUUGCUGCAGUAUGGAAAACUCGACGAAGUACAAGGUGCGCUAGAAAACGAUGACGAUGUGUUCAGUCCAUGGAACUUUGAAGACAAGUUGAUGUCAAACGCCAUUAAAGCUGGUAAUACUGGCAGAAUGAAGAAGGUUCUAAAAAAGGCUUUGGGGGGCGAAAAUAUCAAACUUGUCGUGCUGGGAGGGUCAAAUAGUGCAGGAGGUUAUUUCGGAGGGGAUGAGAAGAGCUUAGAUGGAUUAUACUUCAGAGUUUUUAUCGAUUGGUGGAAUUUAUCGAUUGGUGGUAUAACAAAGGCUCUUAUGAAAGAAGUUCAACUGGCUAUUGGGGCAAGUGGAAGUUACUUUUAUUCUUAUUGCUACCAAACGUUCCUUGCAGCGCGCGAAAAGAUUGAUAUUGUCCUGAUAGAAGUCUCUGUCAAUGACGACAACAAGAUUAUGCCACUGGAGCAAUUAACUCGACAAGUCCUGACGCAUCCGUCGAUGCCAGCGGUACUGUUUAUUAACCUCGUACGUUAUAAGGGUAGCCGCAAUGACAGUCUAUGUGAAAAUCUCGAACGUUUUGGUCAAACUAAGCUCGCACGCUAUUACAAUAUUACUUCACUGAGUUUAAGAGAACUGCUUUGCCAUAAAGAAAAGGGAGAAUGGAGAGCUGUGAUUAAGAACACGACUGGUACCGAUGGCAAACAUAUGAACAUUAAGGCGCACGCGCUUGUGGCAACGAUGAUGAUUAAGUAUGUAAGAAGUGUUUUCAAGGAAGUAAUAAGCGAUAUUAACAAAGGCAUUGGUCAAGUUCUGGAAACCAAAGACACCAAGUUACCGAAAAUUCUGUUUAUCAAAAGCGAAUCAGAAGUUUUGAGACAACCACUGUGUUGGACAGGAAAAACGCCAGAUGCGUCUAAACCGAUUCAC